CAACAAAACAUCUUAAAACUUUACAAUGGGAAAUCCAAAAUCAUUAUCGUAUGACAGCAACAACAUGGCUGUCAUUGAUUUAGGCUCGGCAAUUAUUCGCAUGGAACCUGAUGAUCCACCACAAUGGGCAUUGGAAAUUGCACGCAAAGAAUUGAGAGAAACGCCCGAUGUGGCUCAGGAAGCCAAGAAGAAAUUAAAAGAGUUGAUUGAAGCGGAAACUGAAUUGAAUUUGCCCACAGAUGAUUUCUAUUUGCAAAUGUUUUUGAGACCAACACAUUAUUAUCCAGAAAGUGCUUUAAAAAGGAUAAAACACUUCUAUAAUAUGCUUCAAAAAUACGGCGAAGCUUGUCGUGAUAUUGUGCCCGCCAAAGUGCAACAUGUCUUUGAAGCUGAACUCUUAACACUUUUGCCCAAUCGCGAUCAACAUGGUCGCAGAAUAUUGGUGUUACAAGCUGGAAAAAAAUGGAAACCAUCUGAAGUAUCGUUGGUCGAUAUGUUCCGUGGUAUUCAACUUACCGUUUUGGGUUCCAUGGUUGAACCAUUGUCACAAAUUUGUGGUGCUGUGGUCAUCAUUGAUGUGGAAGGUUUGCCCAUGGGUCACAUUAUGCACUUUACACCAAACUUUGCCGCCAUGUUAUUGGAUUAUGUCCAAGAGUGUAUUUGUGUGCGUCUGAAAGCCGUACACAUUGUUAAUAAUUCGUAUAUUUUCAAUAUACUAUUCAAUAUCUUUAAACCUUUCAUCAGAGAGAAACUCAGGAAGAGGAUUUACUUCCAUGGCAAGGAUAUGAAAUCCUUGACAAAACACAUUGAUGCUGCUGUCUUGCCGGCCAAAUAUGGUGGUAGUGCUACAUGGGAAAUGCCACCUGGUAAAUUGUUGGGAGAAUUUUUCAUGUCAUAUACACCAGAUUUUGAAAAGGCCGCCAGCUAUGGUUGGAAAGAUGGUUAUAAAAUUAAAAAGUAA